GCCGAGAGGGCGUGGCUGCAGGACAGCCUGGAGGACGUCCAGGCGGAGAUUCGAGAGCGAGGCAUCGAGAACAACGCGGCCGUCAAAAUAGCAACCCUGGUGGGCGAGACGAUGCCACGCGUGUUCAAAGGGGAGACCACCAUGCUCGAGCAUCUUCGCACAUCGGGUCUGCUGGACGAGUACUAUGCCAACGGCGUCGGCACGUUGGAGUCGACCGCUUGGCUCGGGGGCGCCGUCCGACAGCUCACCGAUCGGUGCCCUCACCUCAAGAUCAUGGAAGUCGGCGCAGGAACAGGAGGCGCCACGAAGCGCAUUUUAGCAGCCGCCGGCCACAGCUUUGACUCGUAUACCUUCACUGACAUCUCGUCCAGCUUCUUCGAAAAGGCGGCCGUGGUUCUCGAGCCUUGGCAGGAUAAGAUGAUCUUCAAAGUGUGCGACGUCGAGAAGGAUCCUAUCGCGCAGGGUUUCGCAGAGGAAGUAUACGACGUCGUGGUGGCGUCUUUUAUUCUCCAUGCCACGGCCCAGCUGGACAGAACCGUCCGGAACAUACGCAAGCUCGUCAAGCCGGGUGGCUACCUCGUGAUAGGAGAAGGCACAAACAAUGGUCCCUUUCAGUCUGGCGACGGCCUCAUCUUCGGCACCCUACCAGGAUGGUGGCUCGGUGCGGACGAGGGUCGCACUCUGUCCCCCUUUGUGAGCGCGUCGCAGUGGGAUACGAUUCUUCGACAAAACGGCUUUUCGGGGCUUGAUACCACAGCGCCAACGCAGUUUUUUGGGGCCUUUGGCGUUGUUCUGGCCGUGAGUCAGGCUAUCGAUGACAGGGUGGCGUUCCUCCGUGAACCCCUGGCCGCGCCGUCGUCGUCGAGCCGGCCCAAGAUCGCCAAGCUGGUCCUGGUCGGCGGGGAGACGGACGCUGUCGCCCGCCUUGUCGAGGAGCUCGUCACUAUCCUGGGGGACGUUUCGGAGAGCAUCGUCACCUACAGGAUCCUCGACGACAUCGAUUUUGCCGUGUGCGACGAGACCGCCACCGUCCUCGUCGUUUCGGAGCUCGACGGUCCCAUCUUCAAGAGCUUGCACCCAGCAAAGUGGCACAGCUUCCGUGAGCUCUUUGUCGGCAAGAGGAGAGUUGUCUGGGUCACGGCGGGUCGGAACGCCGACGAGCCCUACAGCAACAUGAUUGUUGGUUUUGGGCGGGCUGCCAAGAAUGAAAA